UGUCAAAUAACAAUUUGCUUGACAGUGACAUUUUAUUUCAGAAAAUGAAAAGAGGGACGGAUGUUUUAUUUUCAUUACCUAAACUGUGAUGCAAAUCAAUUUCACUAUUUGUCGGUUAGAUGUUAAGUAAAAACAUAGAUCACGAUGAAUCCUAUGACCAAUGUCAAGAACGUGUUAAAAUUAAGCAAGCAAGAACUAGCCGGCAACUCCAAAUCUUCAUGGCACGAUCAGUACAAAGACAGUGCGUGGUUAUUUGUCGGCGGCCUGCCAUAUGAUUUGACCGAGGGAGAUAUCAUUUGUGUGUUUUCACAAUACGGAGAAGUGGUUAAUAUAAACCUGGUAAGAGACAAAGCCACAGGUAAAUCGAGGGGCUUCGCAUUUAUAUGCUAUGAAGACCAACGCUCAACUAUCCUUGCUGUUGACAAUUUGAAUGGAAUCAAGAUCUUAGGUCGCACUGUGAGAGUAGACCACUGUGAGUCAUACCGAGCACCAAAUGCUGAUAUGAGUAAAGUUGAUGAUGUCACAGCAGCCCUGCGACAUGAGGGGUGUGCUCCUGCUGUACCGAAAGCUGAACCAGUCACAAUAAAACAAGAACCAGUCAAGGAAAAAAAGGAAAAAGUCAAAAAGAGCAAAAAGAAGAAAAAGAAAAGAAGUAGAAGUUCUGAUUCUAGUGACUAGAUUAAUAAAUAAUCUUCUAAAACUAAUUUAAAUAAUUUAACUUUCAUUCACACAAUGCACAAGACAUGAAAAUACUAUAACAAGAGAUCAAUGUUAAUAAAAAGAUAAGUUAUUUUUAAGAAUAUUUUCUCUGAUUAUUGGAAAGACAAAUUUAAUGUCUCAUAACUCGUAAGGCAUUACUUUUAUGUUUAGUUUGACACUCAAGUUUUAUUAAAGACCGUUUUGAUUCCA